UGGCUUUGAACAGAGGACUAGUUCUGGCUUUCAUGGUUUCUUUGAUGGCUCUUUGUGGAGCCUGCUCUGGUGCUGUUUACAGAGUUGGUGACUCUGCUGGGUGGACUGCCAUGGGCGGUGUUGAUUACAACAACUGGGCUUCUUCUAAGACCUUCCAUGUCGGUGACACUAUUGUUUUUGAAUACGAAACAAUGUUUGACAAUGUGAAGCAAGUGAGGGAGAAUGAUUUUCGGACCUGCAACGUCUCAUCUCCGAUGGUUACUUACUUCAGCGGCAGUGACUCUGUCACCCUGAACAGGCCAACCAACCUCUACUUCACAUGUGAUGUCCCUGGACACUGCGAAGCGGGCCAAAAGGUCGAGAUUAGGGUCCUUCCAGCUUCAACUGGAAGCUCAACUUCAAGCCCAGGCCCAAGUACUUUUACUUUUGUUAAUUCUGGGUCACCCUCCACCGAUAUGCAACCUCACCCAGCCCAUAAGAGGACCACGUCUAAUCCCUGUGACGACUCAUUCGUGUUGUUUAUUUUGCUUGUCCGUCGAUUAUGGAUGACUGUGCUUCUCGUUUUAGUAUUACUGGAAUUGUAUCAAAUUAAGAAGAAGAAUAAUAAUAAUGUUUGAGACCUCCAAAAGAC